CCCCCGGCACGAGAUAAAAAGGUCAAAAAAAUAAAUUCCAAAGCGGAAGAAAUGAGAAAAAUAUGCUUCACCGGAUGUCUGUUAGUGAUGAUCACCCUUACCUCGGUAUAUUAUCACCGAAUGGUGGCGUCCAAAUGGAAUAUAGAAUACAAGGAAAUAAAGAGAGCAGAAAAGAAUAUUACCCCGCUGGGUGACAAUAAGACCUUUAUUAUACACGCGUAUUACGACGACAGGGUUGGGAAGAAUAUCCGCACCAUUGCCAUCGUGCACCAUAGUAAUACAGCGGGGUUCUACUGUUUGUUCUACUGCAAUACGUCCCUGGAUGGAAACGCCGUCCCGGCCUACGUCAACCUUCACUCCGACAGGUUUGGCUUCCCCUACGUCACCGCCGAUAUCGUCUGCGCGGAACCAAACGCCUGCGCCUCGUCCCACGUCUCUUUUUUCAAGAACGACUAUCCGAAGGACGAUAACCUCCCGGCGUUCCAGAUCAAAAACCGCGACAGCCAGCCGAUAACGUCUGAUUUCACCGUCUGCAUGUCCACCAUGUUCGGGAAUUACAGCAACGCGCUGCAGUUCAUCCAGUCCAUUGAGAUGUACAAGAUUAUGGGGGUUCAGAGGGUGACCAUCUACAAAAACAGCGCCAGCGCUCUGAUGGAGAAGGCGCUGCAGUAUUACGCCGCCGAGGGGAUCGUCGAUAUCGUGGAGUGGCCGAUUGACGCCUACUUAAGCGUAUCCACAAAGUGGCACUAUACCAUGGAGCCUAAAGAUAUUGGUUAUUACGGACAAAUAGCGGCGCUCAACGACUGCGUUUACCGCAAUAUGUACCGCAGCAAGUUUGUGGCGCUGAUAGACACGGAUGAGGUUAUCCUGCCAGUUAAAUACAAAGACUGGACGGCAAUGAUGGCGGCUCUGGAAGCAGAUAAUCCCAACGCCGGGGUGUUCCUCUUCGAAAACCAUAUCUUUCCAAAGACGGUGCUCGAUUCCGACUUUGAGGCAAAGGAUUGGGAGUCGGUACCGGGCAUUAACAUACUGCAGCACCUUUACUGGGAGCCGUCGAGGAGAUUUAUCUUUAACAACCGCAAAAUGAUCGUCAAACCGAGGACGGUCAUUCAGACUUCGGUCCAUUCGGUACUCAUGGCCAACGCUCGGAGUGUGCAUGUUAGUCCAGACAAAGCGUUCCUAUAUCACUGUAGAGAACCCGAGCAGCCCUGGCUAAAGAAGAGUCAGCUUAUACGCGACACAACGCUGCUGAACUACUGUACGGACUUGGUUGAGAACGUUGACCAAGUCAUUCAAAUGGUAACUUCACGUAAGAAAAAGUCAAGUGGCUUUUCCGCAAGACCUGGCAUUGGGACAGCAGGGAAGUAUGUCCGGAAAGCAAGGCAAUUGGGAAAAUGCACUCUUUAGGGCAGUGAUCCCCAACCAGAGGCUCGGGGGGGGGGGGGGC